UGUUCUGUGUUAUAAGCUAGGAAUAGACAGUGCUCCGUAGACACCAUUUAUAAACCUCAAGCUAACAAUGAAAUAUUUUCUUAGGUAGUUAAGUGAAAAGGUAACACAAAAUGAUUUACUGUUUACAUCUCGAAACGGAUAUGAGAGACAUUGCCAUUAAGGAUAUAUAAUCAAUAUAUAUCGUCAUUUACAGAGAAGAGGAAGAUUUUAUACAGAUGAGCUACAACUCUUGUUUCUAUAAAUUUCUCCAUGCGUUACUGAAAGUUGGUUCUUCUGAGCGAGACAUUUCUCUUCAUUGUAUAAAAUUUGUAUGAGAUGAUUUUGUAUUCUACUUAAAUUUUGACUGACUUACAAAGUAGUUUGCUACCACUUACUGAGAACAACAGAGAUAACAUUUGAAGUAAGAAAAAUUUAAGAACAAUGGAUUCUCCUGAACAAUUGCCAAAGAAGGAGGGAAAAUCAUCAUAUUGCUGUGAUAUCUGUCAAAGAACAUUUUUUCUAAAAAGUAGACUUACCAACCAUAAAUGUGUGCACACAGACGAGAAACCAUACAACUGUGAUACCUGUGGUAAAUCAUUCUCUCGACUGGAUCACUUAUAUACACACAAACGCUUACAUACAGGAGAAAGGCCAUAUACCUGUAAUAUCUGUGGUAAUUCAUUCACUGUAGCAAGUCACCUAAGCAGUCACAAACGUACUCAUACAGGUGAAAAACCAUAUCACUGUGAUAUCUGUGGUAAGUCAUUCUCUCAGACUAAUGGCUUAACUAGCCACGUACGUACUCAUACAGGAGAGAAACCAUAUCAGUGUAAUACUUGUGGUGAAUCAUUCUCUGAAAGAGGUAACUUGGCUAAACACAAAAACAUUCAUACAGGAGAGAAGUCAUAUUGCUGUGACAUCUGUGGAAAAUCCUUCUUUCAAAAAGUACAUUUAAAUUCUCACAAACGUACUCAUACAGGUGAGAGACCGUAUCACUGUGAUGUCUGUGGUACUUCAUUCAUUUAUGCUGAUACAUUGAAAAAACACAAACGUAUUCACACAGGAGAAAAGCCAUAUUGCUGUGAUACUUGUGGUAAAUCUUUCAUUGAAGGAGGUUCACUAACUGUUCACAGACGUAUACAUACAGGCGAAAGACCAUAUCCAUGUGAUAUCUGUGGCAUAUCAUUCUGUCGAACCAAUCAGUUGACAGUACAUAAAAGGCGCAUUCAUACAGGAGAGAAAUCAUAUCACUGCAAUAACUGUGGUAGAUCAUUCACAAGUAGAAGGUCAUUAACUGCUCAUAAACGGAAUCAUUCAAAUGAGAAACCAUAUAACUGAUAUCUUCAGUGGAACAAGUCAUGUAUUGAUACAGCUGGGAUGCAUUCAUACAAAAGAGAAAUGAAGUGAUUACAAUAUCUUUGGUAAAUCUUUCAUUGAUGGAAGUACAUUAACUGGUCAAAAAUGUAUUCAUACAGGUCAGAAGCCAUAUAAUGUUAUCAUCCUCAUUUAGUGUUCUUUUUUCCAGGCUAGCAUGGGUAAGACUAUUUAACUAGAACUGGUAAGCUAGAGAGCUGCACCAGGCUCCAGUCUGUUGUAUAUACAGUAAAUUGGUCUGGCCUAAUGAAGCUGAUACUUUUCAUACAGGUGAGAAAACAUACCACUGUAAUAUCUGUAGUGAAUGACUAUGAAAGGUGUUAUUUAACUAAAGACAAAUACACUCUCACAGGAGAGAACUUAUAUUACUGGGAUGUUGUGGUACAUUAUUCUCUUAGACAAAUCAUUUAACUAUUCACAGAUGUAUCAAUAUUGGAGAAGAAACCCUUCAGUGUGAUAUUUGUGGUAAAUCUCUCUUCCAAAAUAGUGAUGUAAUUCUUUUCUACUCUUGGCACAAGUUCCGAAAUUUUGGGGGAGGGGGCCAGUCGAUUAGAUUAACGCCAGUACGCAACUAGUA